ACUUAUUCGUCUGCGCUGUUGACUUCUUAGAUUGUUAGCUAGUUAGCUAGGUGUCUGCCAAGCCUUCCCUGUCCAUUGCUGGCUAGCUAGCUAGUUAGCUAGCUAGCAAAUAGCUAACCAGAGUAGUUAAUAUACGAACGCUGGGAGGCUUUCCCUGUGAACUUAGUUUUCUCUCUAAAGCGGACAAGUGGUUAGCUUGGGACAGUUAACGAGCUUUAUUUGGGCAACUUGGUAAAACAACAUUGAGGCAGUGAAGCUGUCAAUGGGGACUAUAAAUUAUUUGCUUUUGCUAGCGACGUCAUUUCUUAGCUGCUAGCCUCCUUGCUAGCAAGGCGAUUCAGAGCUCUAGAGCUAUUUUUACCUCUUGCUAGCCUGCGAAGACCCAUCGAAAUUUGCAAAAUGCAUCACGCAGACUCUAUCGGGGAUUCUCCUGGGACAAGGAAGAUGGCGCAUUCGUCAGGUUUUAGUAGCCGAAGGGGCAGUAACACAGGUAGUGCAAGCUUGUCUGCCUCGUCGAAUACAGCUAACUUGAACUGUAAUGUCAUACCAACUGACGACCACCAGUCCCAUUUGAUAAUGCAGCACGCACCCCCCGGUUCGUCAUCCCCGGGGCCACACCACCCACCCCAUAGUCUAAGUCUUCACUCUCAGGCGCAGUCUCUCCAAAACGCCGGGGCUCAAGUGAAAAAGAAAAGUGGCUUCCAAAUUACGAGCGUACUGCCGGCUCAGGUCUCCGCCAGCGCUAACAACAGCAUAGCGGACGACACCGAGAGUUAUGACGACAUGGACGAAUCGCAUACCGAGGACUUGUCGUCUUCUGACAUCCUCGACGUGUCUGUAUCUCGAGCUACCGACACGGGUAACCCGGAGAGGAGUUCUUCCGAAGAGACGCUGAACAGUCUGCAUGGAGUGGAGACUCCAGGUGUUGUGUCACCCAAUGAGCCAGUGUUGCAUCACCCACACCCCCAGGCUCCUCAGCAGGGCUAUAUGGUGAAUGGAACCGUGCAUCACCAUGGUCACCAUCAUCAUAGCCACCAUCACCAUGGACAUCACCAGGAGCAGACCACGCACUCCGCUGGUGUGACACCGCCUGUGAUACCACAAGGAAUACCUUCAACUUCAGUCUCAGUAGGGAGUGGUAGUACUUCAGCAGUCACCACCCAUUCAGGUGCUGCUGUGCUUAGUCAGUCUCAGAAGACUCCCCAGGUCAGAGCAGCUGGCAUCGAAGGUAGCGUAACACGCGCUGUGACUCAGCCGUCUUCCACAGCUCACGGUCCCAUGGCGAGCGGAGUUGGAAUUGGUAUUUCUGGAGGUGCCGCGAGCACCGCUACAACUGGGGGCACUCUACCGAGCGUGACCGGGCCUGCAGGAGGCAACCUGGCUGCGGCCACAGCCGCGGCUGCACAGCCUCCUCCUUCAACCGUCACCACCCAAGCCCAGGCUUCCACGGGCUCUACAUCUACAGCCUCUCGUUUCAGGGUUGUGAAGCUGGACUCAAACUCAGAGCCAUAUCGUAAGGGGAGGUGGACAUGCACGGAGUACCACGAGAAGGAGGCCGCCCCGGCUCCUCAGCCGACGGAGGCGGUAGCUUCUCACAGAGUUGUGGAGAGUCUGGCGCAGUCGGAGAGCGACAGCACCAGUGGGAGUUCUGUGAGCAGCACAUUGAGCGGGACUGGUGGGACCCUUCAGACCCACCAUGCCGAGUCUGGUGCGGAGCUUGCCGGGCAGCCAGUCCAACAGGCUUACGGCACUUCUGCAAUUUCCACAACUCAUCCAGGCCACACCCAGACCCCCCAGCAGUCCGUCUCUCACCCGCAGGACUCGGGCACACUUCCCAUUCAACAGUCUGGUGUCGCCCUAGCCACCGGCAAGCAGUCGGUUCCUGUGCCAGGCUUGCAGGGCGUGGAAGGGCAACCAGCUGCAGUUAGACCCCCGGUUCCCUACAACCUGGAGGCCCAAGCAAGUCAGGCGCAAACCAGUUACGCCACUAAACAGCAACACUCUGGAUCUGUGAGCCAAGGAGCUGUCCCUGCAGAUAUUGCCCAGCUUCAACAAGGCAUCCAGGCUGCAGUCCAGCCACCUCAGCUGCCACCAGUACAAGGUGGGAUAGGAUCCAGACCACAGGCAGGCUUGGUAGGAGUACCGGGAGUUCCGGUCGGGGGACCGGCGGUCGUCCCUCAAGCUGUUCCACCGAGGGCCUCACAGACUCAGGCCUCGCAGGUAGGCAUGGUUCACCCUGGUGUGCCGGGUCAGGCCCCGCAUCGUGCGACACCAGUUCAUCUGGACCAACAGCAGCAGUCUGCCAUUCAGCCAGCGCCGCCAUCGUCCUCUUCUUCAGGCCUGAGCGCACCGAGCAUGCCACCACCCUCCUCUCUCCAGGGCAACCUUCAGCCAGGACUUAGCCAUACUGCUGCUGCCGCCUUGCUGCACACGGGUGGUAUCGUAGGCCACCCUGGUGGACUUGGUUUGACCUUGGGCCACCCUGGAGCUCAGCAAGGCCCGGUUCACCAUGGAGGAGGCCCCUACGCUGGGAUGGCGGCCCUGUCUUCCCAGUUAGAGGAUGCUCAGCGGCUGCUUCUCCAGCAUCAGACCUUGCUCGCGCUCCCCAAACUGGGAGCUGGAGGGGUCGGCGGGCUGGGCGGACAGAGCGCCUCAGAUACGGGCAUGGCUUCAGGUUUGGAGUCGGGGACCAGCAUGGACGUCGGUGCUUUUGCUGUGGUGACUGGCAUAGAAGAAGACAGCUCUUCAGGUGCCAGUGUGGUUGCCAUAGAUAACAAAAUAGAGCAAGCCAUGGACCUGGUGAAAAGUCACCUGAUGUACGCAGUACGUGAAGAAGUGGAGGUGCUGAAGGAGCAGAUUAAAGAGCUGAUUGAGAGAAACUCUCAGCUGGAACAGGAGAAUAACCUGCUGAAGACCCUGGCCAGCCCAGAGCAGCUUGCCCAGUUUCAGGCCCAGGUGCAGACAGGAUCACCCACCUCUGGAACACAACCGGGAACCGUGGGAGCUCCGCCCGGAGCACCCCAAGCCAUGCCCUCCAGCCAGGGCACAGGCCCCACCGCUUAAUUCUUAACACUACCUCUCAGUCCAGCAGAGGAGCACAGCCGUGCGACGCCUAUACGACAUAACACAACCAAGCCUAAGCUAUACUGUGAACAGACUCAAAACUCAAACUACAAGAAUGACAAAAAAAAAAAAAAAAAAACAACAACAAAAAACAAAAACAAAACCAACAUGCCACGAUCAUAAAGGAUGUCAAGGAACGGAUCCUUAAAACAACAGACAGACAAUACAGCCUUUCUUUUUCUUUUUUUUUUUUUGCACAUCUUAUACUCUCGCAUUACAUGUCAGUAUACGUUGUACUGGUGUUCUCCUCUCAAGAGCUUUACUUGCCUCAGACAAUCAGUAACGGCGAAAAAUGACUGCAAGUGACUGAACCAGUAGCCACAGAACGCAAGCGGAAAAAGGAUAACGAGAUCCCAUGCGGACUCUGGGCCUGACGAAUCUUGCCCCGCAUGCUGAAGGGUUUUUUCCCCCUCUCUCUCUCUCUCUCUCUCUCUCUCUCUCUCUUUUUCUCUCUUCAAAAAGUGUUGUCAAAUUCAACAGUGACUGGAAAUUGUGCUGUUGUUGCCACGUUGCCCUAUCCUUUUUUUUUAUAUGUAAAAUGUAAAUUGUUUUCUUUAUGUUUUCUCCCUAUUUUUUUUUUUUUUUUUGCUAUAGUUUUUUUUUUCUUAGUUGUGUUGAAUAAGAGAACAAGCACUUUGUAGGUGACUAACGUGAAGAAACAUUGGAGGACCAUCUUGUUAGGAACCCUCAUCUGGAAUGGGGGUGGAGGGGGGGGGGUAAAGAGAACCAUGGAGGAGUUUUUGGAAAUCUCACCGAAAAUGUACAUUUCCUUUUCAAUGGAUAGAUGGUGGAGUGUCCCAACAGUGAUUUGCUAUGCUUCACUGUAGAGACUUUUAUCUCGUCAUUCCUGCCCUUACGAGAGGCUUACGUGUCUUUCGGUCGGGACACGCAGAGGAUGAAUAGAGAUUUGAUAAUAGGUUUUGUGUGUUACAGAAUACAAGGGUGGGAUGGGGGAGGCAGAUUCACUAAGGGAUAGUGAAAUUUGUAUGUUUUUUGUGUGUGUACAAUAAAUGUAAGUGGACUGUAAUAUAGACAGAAAAAAAAGUUGUUAACUCUGCAGACCAUGCUGAUGAGAUGCAAGCCGAUUCUAUCAUGGAAUGAAGAAAGAAGAAGAAAAAAAAAAAAGAGCACACCAAAACUGCUUCUGACGUCAUGCAUCUCAAGCAGCGCACAAACGGACUUUUCUCUCCGACGACAGAACUGUUGAUUCAUUUUCACAGGUUCAUUAUUCCCAAACCGAAGUUCUCAGUUUAAAUUAUUUGAAUGGGAAUCCGUGAAACAAUGGAAAAAAAAAUUUUCUUGCCUUACAGCGAAAUACUCUGGAUGUACUACAAAAUAUCCUGGUCGCAAUAUGUAUCACAACACAAGUGUGUUAGAGUUAAUGGCCCAUUGUGUCAAAACUUCUCUUCAUUUCGUGCAUGUUACUUCUCAAAACCACGUAUGAAAAUGUGACGCUAUACAAUUGCACUAAAC